AGGUUACACAAGCCUUCCUCCGCUUAAUCUGUAACUAUGCCGCUCAGACUCGAGAUCAAGAGAAAAUUAGCUCAAAGGUCCGAGAGAGUUAAAUCUGUGGAUCUGCAUCCUACUGAACCAUGGAUUCUUGCAAGUUUGUAUUCUGGAACCUUGUGUAUUUGGAACUACCAGACACAGGUGAUGGCUAAAUCCUUUGAGGUGACUGAGUUACCAGUUCGGUCAGCCAAGUUUAUAGCGCGAAAGCAAUGGGUUGUGGCAGGAGCUGAUGAUAUGUAUAUCCGUGUAUACAAUUACAAUACCAUGGACAAGGUUAAAGUGUUUGAGGCUCAUUCAGACUACAUUAGGUGUGUGGCUGUUCAUCCAACCCUUCCAUAUGUGCUGUCAUCUUCUGAUGAUAUGCUCAUAAAGCUUUGGGACUGGGAAAAGGGUUGGGCUUGCACUCAGAUCUUCGAGGGACACUCGCACUAUGUGAUGCAAGUCACAUUUAAUCCAAAAGACACCAACACUUUUGCCAGUGCAUCACUUGAUCGUACCAUAAAGAUUUGGAAUCUUGGUUCCCCAGACCCAAAUUUUACAUUGGAUGCCCAUCAGAAAGGGGUGAAUUGUGUAGAUUAUUUCACCGGUGGUGAUAAGCCCUAUUUAAUUACCGGCUCUGAUGAUCACACUGCUAAGGUCUGGGACUACCAAACAAAAAGUUGUGUCCAGACCCUGGAAGGGCACACACACAAUGUAUCUGCAGUAUGUUUCCAUCCAGAGCUUCCGAUUAUAAUCACAGGUUCUGAAGAUGGCACCGUUCGCAUUUGGCAUGCAACUACAUACAGGCUAGAGAACACAUUGAAUUAUGGCCUCGAGAGAGUCUGGGCAAUUGGUUACAUUAAAAGUUCACGCCGGGUUGUGAUCGGAUAUGAUGAAGGAACCAUCAUGGUAAAACUUGGACGAGAAAUUCCUGUCGCUAGCAUGGACAAUACCGGAAAAAUCAUAUGGGCUAAGCAUAAUGAAAUUCAAACUGCAAACAUCAAAAGUAUUGGUGCAGAUUACGAGGUUACUGAUGGAGAGAGGUUGCCCUUGAGUGUUAAAGAGUUGGGGACCUGUGAUCUUUAUCCACAAAGCUUGAAGCACAACCCUAAUGGGAGGUUUGUAGUAGUCUGUGGUGAUGGGGAAUAUAUAAUCUACACGGCUUUGGCUUGGAGAAAUAGGUCAUUUGGUUCUGGACUGGAAUUUGUUUGGUCGUCCGAGGGGGAGUGUGCGGUUAGAGAAAGCUCAUCAAAGAUUAAACUAUUUAGCAAAAAUUUCCAGGAAAAGAGGAGUAUCCGCCCUACUUUUUCAGCUGAGAAGAUCUUUGGAGGAACCUUGUUAGCUAUGUGUUCAAGUGAUUUCAUCUGCUUUUAUGAUUGGGCUGAAUGUAGGCUGAUUCAACGUAUUGACGUCACUGUAAAGAAUCUAUAUUGGGCUGACAGUGGUGAUUUAGUAGCCAUUGCUAGUGACACAUCAUUCUACAUCUUAAAAUACAACCGCGACUUAGUUUCCUCACAUUUUGAUAGCGGAAGACCUACUGAGGAAGAAGGUGUUGAGGAUGCUUUUGAGGUUCUCCAUGAAAAUGAUGAACGUGUUAGGACAGGUAUAUGGGUUGGUGACUGUUUCAUUUACAACAACUCUUCCUGGAAGCUUAACUACUGUGUUGGAGGCGAGGUAACCACAAUGUAUCAUUUGGACCGCCCAAUGUAUUUGUUGGGCUAUCUUGCAAGUCAAAGUCGGGUGUUUUUGGUUGACAAAGAAUUCAAUGUUAUAGGAUACACCUUGCUGCUAAGCCUGAUUGAGUACAAGACUCUUGUGAUGCGGGGUGAUUUAGACAAAGCCAGUGAAAUCUUACCUACAAUUCCUAAAGAUCAGCAUAACAGUGUUGCUCAUUUCUUGGAGUCACGGGGAAUGAUUGAAGAGGCUCUGGAAAUUGCGACAGAUCCUGACUACAGAUUUGAGUUGGCCAUACAACUGGGUAGACUUGAAAUUGCACAGGAAAUCGCCGUGGAAGUACAGAGUGAAUCUAAGUGGAAGCAAUUAGGAGAGCUAGCCAUGUCCUCUGGAAAGUUGCAAAUGGCUGAGGAAUGCAUGAAGUAUGCUAUGGAUUUGAGUGGUUUGUUACUGCUUUAUUCUUCUCUGGGAGAUGCUGAAGGUGUGACAAAACUUGCAACACUUGCUAAAGAACAAGGGAAGAACAAUGUCGCCUUUCUUUGCCUAUUCAUGCUGGGUAAACUGGAAGAUUGUUUGCAGUUAUUGGUGGAGAGCAACCGGAUACCAGAAGCUGCUCUGAUGGCACGAUCAUAUCUUCCGAGUAAAGUUUCUGAGAUAGUAGCUCUUUGGAGGAAAGAUCUGAGCAAGGUUAAUUCAAAAGCAGCAGAAUCUUUGGCUGAUCCUGAGGAGUACCCAAAUCUUUUUGAAGAUUGGCAAGUUGCUCUUUCUGUCGAAGCUAGAGCUGUAGAGACAAGGGGAGUUUACACAGGUGCAGAAAAUUAUCCUAGCCAUGCUGAUAAAUCUUCCAUGACCCUCGUAGAAGCCUUCAGAAACUUGCAAGUUGAGGAAGAGGAAUCACUUGAAAAUGGAGAUAUCGAUCAUGAGGAGGUAGUAGCAGAAGAAAAUGGAAAUGAACAAAGGAGUGAGGAGGAUGUAGAGGAGCAUCAUGAAGAAAAAGAAGCAGAAGAAGAAGAAGGAAUUGUUGAUGGAGAUUCUACGGAUGGAGCUGUACUUGUUAACGGAAGUGAGGCUGACGAAGAGUGGGGUACGAAUAAUGAAGGAAACCCAUCAGCCUAAUAGCAAGUCGGUCAAGGCCAAUGUUGAAAAGUCUGAAAAUUUUGUUUCUGUGCUUACACCGCGUCAGUAGAGUUCGAAAGUUCGAGGAACAAUGGAGAGGUGAGAGAACUUUCAUUCUUUUACUGAGGAGUCAAAGGUCAAAUCCCAGCAGCCUGGAACCACAUUUUGAAACCAUUUGUAAUAAAAGUUUGAAUUUCUU